UGUAGUGUGUAGUGAACACAGUAGAAGACGAUGGAUCAGCGUUCAGAGCUCGCAGAAACCUUUGCCUCCAGUUAUGCUGUUGGAGAGCAACUCGGCCAAGGAUGCUUUGGCUCGUUCUUAAAGGGAAGACGCAUUUCAGACGGCCUGCAGGUGGCAGUGAAGAUUGUCGCAAAGCAGAAAAGUCACAGAUAUUUUCAGAACUCUGAUUGGACCAAAACCAUUCCUGCAGAGGUUGCUCUGAUGCAGAUGGUGAACCAGCCACCCACCUGCCCAAACAUCAUCCAGCUGAUCGAAUGGUUUGAUGAGCCUGACCAUUACAUCCUGGUUCUGGAGCUCCCUAACAACUGCAGGGACCUGUGGGGUUACCUUGACCUCUUUGGUGGAUCAGUGAAAGAAGACAUAGCCCGAAAAAUAAUGCUUCAGGCAGUACAGGCUGCAUCCCAGUGCCUAAAGCAAGGAGUUCUGCAUCAGGACAUCAAGCUUCAGAACUUUCUCAUUAACAUGGACACUUCGGAGGUCAAGCUGAUUGAUUUUGGAUGUGCAGACAAGAUCAAUAGGGCUGAAUAUGUCUGUUCCUCAGAGGAGGAUUCACUAAAGAGGAAGUAUAAGGCCGGCCCUGCAACAGCAUGGGAAUUGGGUAUACUUCUGUACAGAAUGGUGUAUGGAUGCCGUACUUUUGCAGGAAUGCCCCUCUGCAGUAUUCUUAUGAAACCAAGCUUAUCCACCGUUAAGAUAAGUGGAAGUAUCCUGCAAAACAGCACAAUUUUUAAGUUGUGUUUGAAGCUUUUAUCUAAGUACGAAAACUUGUACAAAAAAGUUUUACAAAAACUGAAAGCUGAGAUUAGAGCUAGAAGAAAUGAAACAUGAGGGUUUUCAAGAUGGCAUCUAUGUUCCAGACAUAGCCAAAAAGAUAGUUAGGACCUUACGCAUUAUGACUCAUUACCCUCAUUACUUGCAGAGGUAUUACAUUUCUUAAAUGCAAGAGUUUCCUGCGACUUUUGACUCACCAUGUAGACAUUUAUAACGCUGUGUUUUGUU